AAUCAUUAAAUUGAAUGGCAAUAACAAUGGGAGAUGCUGCAAAACCUUGUUUUGCCAAACAAAAUAAGGAACAGGAAAUUUUACGUGAAGAAUUAAAAGGGAAUCCCUUACAAAAAGACUACCAAGUCAUGGAUGAUUACAGAAAUGGUCAUAGCAAUAAAAUAGAUAUCAGCCUUCAGAAGAAAAAGGGAACACCAGCUCGUUAUGGAAACAGUCCCAGACGAGGGCCACGUAGUGUUUUGAGUUGCCCAAAUUCACUUAAAAACAUAUGUCACAAUCAAGGGUCAAAGUUACUUGAUAUCCAAGAAGACCAAAUGAAGAAGUGGAUAUCUGAUGACCAUUGUGAUAGUUCUGACAGCUGGAGAGAGUACAGAUCUGCAGUCUGGAUUCCCAUGCUUAAUAGGACAAGAAAGGACUCUUUUCAGGAGGUCGAAGGUGCAGGAAACAGAAAUGUAAGAAGACAACUUCAGAAAGACUUAACAAGUGAAGACAUUUCAGACAUGCAGAAAGGAAGCUCUGAAAUGAAGAAGCAUAGGAAACCAAGAAGAUCAAGAAGAACUAGAAAAGAUGAGUAUGAUCAAGAUGAAGUGGAUGAUCCUGUCAUAAAUGAAUCUGUGCUGUUGGCAAAGGACCUUCUUGGGUUGCAGCAAGCUGAAGAAAGAUUGAAGCAAGACUGCAUUUAUAGACUGAAGAAGCAACCUCAAAGCUACCCAUCAGCAAAAUACACCUGCAAAUUGUGUGAUGUUUUGAUCGAGUCAGUGGCUUUUGCUCAUAAGCACAUGAAAGAGAAAAGACACAAGAAAAGCAUAAAGGAAAAGAAAGAGGAACAGCUGCUGACUACCUUGCCUCGUCCAACACCUUCCCAAAUACAAGCUAUUGGUGUCACCAUUGAAAAUGUAGUGCAAGAGUUUGGCUUAAAUAAUAAAGAUUUAGAAGAAAGGCUCAAAAUUAAAACAACGAUGGAAAACUUAUUGCAUCAAAAAUUGCCAGAGGGCUCAUUGAGAUUGUACGGCUCCUCCUGUAGCAGAUUUGGUUUCAAAACUUCAGAUGUAAACAUAGAUAUCCAGUUUCCUGCCAAUAUGGCUCAACCAGAUGUUCUCUUACUUGUGCAAGAAAGUCUAAAGUACAGUGAAUCUUUUAUUGAAGUUGAUGCAGAUUUCCAUGCUAGAAUACCAGUGGUGGUGUGCAGAGAAAAGCAAAGUGGUCUUAUUUGUAAAGUAAGUGCAGGGAAUGAGAAUGCUUGCCUGACAACAAACCAUUUGGCUACGCUUGGGAAACUAGAACCUACUGUUGUACCUUUAGUGAUUGCCUUCAGAUACUGGGCAAAGCUGUGCUGUGUUGAUUGUCCUGAAGAAGGAGGCUUGUCACCUUAUGUAUUUGCUUUAAUGGUUAUCUUCUUUCUGCAACAGAGGAAAGAGCCAUUUCUACCUGUUUAUUUGGGAUCAUGGAUUGGAGGAUUCUCAUUAAACAAACUAACAAAUUUUAAUCUUAAAGAAGUUGAGAAUGAUACUGUGGUUUGGGAGCAUAACCCCAUUGAUGAUUCUGAUUCACCGAAAGAAACUUCUCCUAAAAAUGGCAAGGUUCCCUUAGUAUUUGAUUCAGGACACCAGUGUUCAGCGCCAGUUGGGCAGCUCUGGGUAGAGCUGCUUCGUUUCUAUGCCUUGGAGUUUAAUUUGACUGAUUUGGUUAUUAGCAUACGGCUCAAAGAAACAGUGUCUCGUGAAUUAAAGGACUGGCCUAAGAAGCGCAUUGCUGUGGAAAAUCCAUAUUCGGUCAAAAGGAACGUGGCAAGAACUCUGAACAGCCAGCUAGUGUAUGACUAUAUUCUUCACUGCCUGAGAGCAACAUACAGGUAUUUUGCCUUGCCUCGCAAAAAAACCACAAAGUUCAUCAAAAAAAGCCCUCUAAAUGCCAGUGAGGAGAAAUCCCACAUGCUGGACCCUGAAAAAGAUGCUAUAAAGCAUGAAAACUCUGAAUUGCAAAGCUUGGAUGGCAAAACAAACAGAGCAAGAGUAGAUGAUUGCAUAAUUGAGAGUACUGGUAUCCCUCAAGCACAUAGUUUUGAAAGAUCAAUUCUAUGUGAUGGCUCAGAAAGCUUGACAGAAGAACUGGCUGAUGAUACAAGUCAUUUGGGAAUUGCCCAUGAAGAUUUGGACUGUGUAAUUAAAGAAAUUAUUUCUGGAGGUAAUGAAGACUUUAAACCAAGUUGUGAAGAGACAGAGAGUGGGAAUGAAGAGGAAGAUGAGGAAGAACAAGAAAGAAGAUGGAGUAAUAACUUGAUGACUACUGAUCAGGGAAUAGAUGAAUGUAGUGAAAAUGGGGAUCUCCCCGUUACAGUGAAUGAGCACGAUAUAGAAACAUGCAGUACUUUAGGCUUUGAAGGUUUUCAAAACACUGCAUUUACAGAGAUUGAAUUUGGUUUAGAGUGCAGUGGUAUAAUGGAUGAUAAGGUUGAUGUUGACGAGGAGAGCACUGAAGGUACUGAUGAACUAGAUGAAUCCCCAAACAAAUUCAUACCUUCAACACAGAAUCGGUUAUCCGAAAUGAUUAACUCGGAUGAUGAGGAAGAAUCAUGUCUUCUAAACCAGACAAAGUGUGAUGAUAUCAGAAGAGCUGAAGGUGAACUACAUAACACAUACACUGGAUCUGGAGAUGAGGAUGCACUGUCUGAGGAAGAGGAGGAUUUGUCCAUCCCUAUUAAAUAUGAAGACAAGCGUCUCAAAUCAAAAAUGGAUGGACCUCCGAGGAUCAAUUUGAGUCAAGAGGAUCUUACUGAGACAAGAAGCUCUUUUGAAGAGAACACAGCUAUAGAACAGUGUUUAGACUCUGAACUUGUUUAUGAAUUCAGUAAACCAGCUUUUACAAAGGGCAAGUCUCCUACAGUAGUAUGUAGCUUGUGCAAACGGGAAGGUCACUUGAAGAGGGAUUGUCCGGAAGACUUCAAGAAAAUUGAGCUAGACCCACUGCCAGCGCUGACACCUAAAUUUUCAUUUAUUUUAGAUCAAGUUUGUGUCCAGUGUUACCAGGAUUUUGCUCCAAAUAUUGUAGAGGAUCAGGCUCGGGAACAUAUACGACAAAAUUUAGAAAACUUCAUUAGACAGGACUUUCCAGGAACCAAGCUGAAUUUGUUUGGCUCCUCCAAAAAUGGUUUUGGCUUCAAACAAAGUGACCUUGAUAUCUGUUUGACAGUUGAUGGACUUGAAACGGCUGAGAGCCUUGAUUGCAUCAGAAUCAUUGAAGACUUAGCAAAAGUUCUCAAGAAACAUUCAGGUCUAAGGAAUGUCUUGCCUAUAACAACUGCUAAAGUCCCAAUUGUCAAAUUCUUCCAUGUCAGAAGCGGUCUUGAAGUAGACAUCAGUUUAUAUAACACUCUGGCCUUGCAUAACACAAGACUCCUGUCAUCAUAUGCAGCCAUUGAUCCUAGAGUAAAAUAUCUAUGCUACACAAUGAAAGUUUUUACGAAGAUGUGUGACAUUGGAGAUGCAUCUCGAGGUAGCCUUUCUUCUUAUGCAUAUACUCUUAUGGUGCUUUAUUUUCUUCAACAGAGAAAUCCACCUGUUAUCCCUGUUCUUCAAGAGAUCUACAAAGAUCCAAAGAAGCCUGAAAUCUUAGUUGAUGGCUGGAACGUUUAUUUCUUUGAUAAGAUAGAAGAGUUGUCUGUUGUUUGGCCAGAAUGUGGCAAAAACACUGAAUCUGUUGGGCAGCUGUGGCUGGGACUUCUCCGUUUCUACACAGAGGAAUUUGAUUUUAAAGAGCAUGUCAUAUGCAUUAGGAGAAAAAAUCUACUCACAACUUUCAAAAAGCGGUGGACUUCUAAAUACAUUGUAAUUGAAGAUCCCUUUGACCUGAACCACAAUCUUGGAGCUGGAUUGUCAAGAAAAAUGACAAACUUUAUAAUGAAGGCUUUUAUCAAUGGGAGGAGGGUAUUUGGUACCCCUAUAAAAAUAUUCCCUAAAGAAUAUCCAUCAAAAAUGGAGUAUUUCUUUGAUCCAGAGGUACUGACAGAAGGAGAAUUGGCACCGAAUGAUAGGUGCUGCAGAAUUUGUGGUAAAAUUGGCCAUUUCAUGAAAGAUUGUCCCAUGAGAAGAAAACUGAGGCGGCGACAUGAUUAUGAAGAGAUCAAAACCCAAAGAUGCACAGAAAACAAAGAGAAAAGAAGCAAAGAGGACAAAGAAAUUCAGAAUAAAACAACAGAAAGAGAAAGCUCAAUCAAGGAGGGAAAGUUGCAGCUAUGUACACCUCAGAAGAGCAAACUAGCAAGGGGAAUAGUAGAAACUGGAAGAGACAAGACUCCCAGGCAAUCAGUGGAGAAGUGGAAGUGCCUAGAAGACAGAGACUUGAGAGAAAAAUGCUGUUUUCUCUGUGGAAGAGGUGGUCAUAUUAAAAAAGAAUGCCCACAGUAUAAAGGAGCUACAGGUAGUUCAAAAUCAGAAGUGUUGUGUGGAUCCUCUUCUUUACCCAGUGCUGCUAAACAUGUUGGUAGAUUGAAUCAGGGAAUGCCUAUACAUGAAGAAAAAAAGAAACAAAAAGGAAAAGUGUUUUUGAGUCCCCAAUCAGGUUUGUAUCUCUUAAUUCAGAAAUUCAGUGUAAAAGCAUGUCUCUUGCUUUCCCCAUCAAUCCCUAUGGGAACUCUGCCCAAUAUGUUGAACACAGCAGCAGUCCAGAUAGGUUGCUAGGUAAUUCUGAAGUGAAGCCAUUUUUUCUAACUGAAAAAGUGUACAGGUUUUUUUGGUUUUGUUUUGGAAGUGAAACUUGUAAGGCAUGCCAGUUUUCUCUGUAAUUUGUUCUUUAGUGAGCUCCAAUAGAUUUAUUUUGCAGAUUGAUGUAUUGGGUUUUAUCCAUUUCUCUCUUAUCCUUCCUGUUUUGGCAUAUAUGGGGUUCUGUGUUUCUCUUCAGGGACCACAUGUGGAGCACUUUCUUGUGGGGCUUCCUCAGAAUAAUCAUCUAAAAUUCCACGUGAUAGCUAACUUUAGUCUAUGGAAGCACAUCCUUUGUCUGAGCUGCCAGCAUGCACAAAAGUUAAUUAUACUGGCAAGCAACAGUCAGAUCAUGACAAAGGCUUUUAUGUGCUGUCUCUGGAUCAGAGAUGUGUGUAUUGUUAGAUGUAUGGUUGCAACUGCAGCUUGCUUACAAUAAUUUUACACACUUAACUCAUUUAAUGGUACAAUGAAGAUUUUUUAAAACUGCUUUUUUAAUUACCUUGAGUCUUGAAUGCAACUCUGCAAACCUUCACAUAGCUCUCAUUUGGGGCAUCUAAAGGGGGAAUUAAAUAAACAGUGUUCACAAACUUCUGAAAACUAAACUGCAAUCAAGUGUCUCAAAUUAAAUUCUCAAUUUUGGAGUAUUUUCUAUUUUCACUACUUCUCAA